AUGGUCCAGGUUUUGGACGACAAAACUGAUAAUCUAAUGAACAGUCCAGAACUGACUGAUUUGAAGAUGAAGCAAACUGACGUCGAUCUGAUGAUAUUUAAACAGAUUGAAAAAAUCAAAGAGAAAUCCGCAAUCAUGUAUGACAUGUCGGACUUUAAAUCAUGUAUUGAGCUGACUAAUGCGACCAUAAUGCAUCACUCUGAUGUUCUGAAAGUUACCUUGCUUCCAAAGGGAAUUAAAACGGAGGACCAUGAGGUAGUGGUAGCAGCAGACAUUCAGACGCCUAAAGGAAUCCACCAAAAGAAAUCCAUCAGUAUCAACGGCCGACAGCUGCAGGACGACAGAUUGGUCUUUCACUGCAGAGAACAGAACGAGGAACUGACAAGAAAAAUACUCAUAGGCAUUGAUGGUCAGGAAGGCCAAUACAGAGAAAUAUGUCUCCCGGCUGUCGAGUUUGGAGGUAAAAUCAACAGGAAGAAAUGUCACAUCACGGAAUCAGGUAAGUUAGUCAACACAGCAUCACGUGACUCUCGUCAUGACGAGACGUCCACACUGAAGGAACUUUGGGGAGCUACAGCCAGGACGCCAAUCUCAGUGUCGAGAUGCGCGUUCUGGGAGACGGAAGUCCGCUGUAAAGUGAACGAAUCAGCGGAACCAGGAUAUUCUGUAACAUACUUUGCUCUUUGUCAUGAACAGUACUGUGAUGAUACAUGCAUGAUUUACUAUAACGUACACGCCUGGGGUGUUGGUGUGGUGCACUGUAAAGAUCAUGACAGUCUGUGUCUGUGUGUCUUCUCACGUGGAGUUGACCUGCCUCACGUUCCUGUGACUAGCUCUGAACCUGACACACAACUGUCUCUGAAAGUUGGUUUGUUGUUAGAUAGCAACAACGCCAGUCUCCACGUCAUCGACGUCAGCACCAGCAGACUGAUACACACCAUGUCAGACAUCGACGUGUCACGCCCGCUGACACCAGUGUUCGAUAUGUGGCCUGCGACGUGGUACGAUAUCAGAAUGAAAAUAUCGUCUGGUAGAGACCUCACAGUAAAUACCGAGUUGUUGAAUGUGCUGUCGACUUUAGUCCAGCCGUAGUUAUCUC